CGAUGAAUUCUCGAGUACUGCGCGAGGGUUGCGGACAUUUUGUUGUUUCGUGCGUUUCGUGGUAUUGAAUAUUCUUCGUUGAGAGAGAUUAGGCCCUAAAAUGGGUACUCCGAAGCAGGAGAAUAAUAGCGUAGUGCAAGUUGCAAAUUCUGUCAAGAAACCGUAUGGAAUGAUUAUUUUAACACUAAAGAACUGCCUUUUACCAGAAGAAAAGCUGUCGCCCACACCUUCGCAAAUAGAUGGCUUGGAUCAGGAAACUGAAACUGAUUUACGUGUUCUGGGGUGUGAAUUAAUCCAAACUGCAGGAAUAUUACUUAAACUACCUCAGGUUGCAAUGGCUACUGGCCAAGUACUUUUCCAAAGAUUUUAUUAUUCGAAGUCUUUUGUUCAAUAUGCCAUGGAAACAACUGCAAUGGGAUGUGUAUGCCUUGCAUCUAAGAUAGAAGAAGCUCCGAGAAGAAUACGUGAUGUUAUUAAUGUGUUCCAUCACAUUAAGCAAGUAAAGGGACAGAAAUGUCGGUCUGCUGGUGAGUUGGCAACCCAAGGUAGCGGGGGUGUGACGGCAAGCCACGCUCACUCUGCACCCCCGAAGGCCCGCCACGACACACAAGCUGCUCUAGCUCUCUUUCUCUGUUUUGUUGCCUUUCAUUGUCAAGUCCUUCCUGAUAAAUCCAUCCGGUCCUGACCUUAAAAUGGGAUGGCAUGUAAGAGCAGUUCAGUGGCAGGCCUUGCAAAAUUAUUGGAAAUUUAUUUGCAGGCUUAAAAAAGUUGGUAUGCAAAAUUGUACGUAAUACCUUGGAUACCACUUUUCCCAAAUUAUUCCUUGUUAUUAUAAGACACAAGACUUCUUUGUUCAUACAUUCUAUUAUGACUUGGGUCUAAAACUAUCUGCUCAACCAAGUCUUAGGGUAAUUUAAGCAAGUUCAAGUAUGUCAAUUUAUUUUCUUUUGAUACUGCAAAUGUUUUGUAAGUUUUACUAUUAUGAAUAAUGAUGGUACCAUGUUUGAAACGUGUGUUAUGUGGUAGAGCCCAUAACUUUAUAAUACAAUGUUUAUAAAAACAUCUUCAAACAAUGAGACAUACUUGCCUAAAUUAGACUUACACAUUUCUUUUUCCUUAAUUUUGCUAAAAGAUACCUUUUGACUUGGUUUGUGUAGAAACUGACAUGUGGGACUUGGGAAUGUGUGACUGUAAGUGCACUUCAUAAUUUCACUUUCCAAGUAUUUAUAUUACUCCAGCCCAGUGUGUUUCAGGAAUGAUCUAAUGGGGUAUGUAUGAAGCAUUUAGUGUAUAUUUAAUUUUGCUCAUGCACUGCCUUAAACUUCCCAAUGUGAUGUUUCUUCUGAAACAUGUAAAGUUGUUUUCGCUCUUACAGUUCAUUAUACUAGUAUUAAUUUCACAGUCAGUUUGUACCUAAUGCCACUCCCAUAUUUGAAUUCCUUUAUCCAGAGGAAACUAGGAAUUCCUUUGUCCAAAAUAAACCUUAUGUACAGUUGCUGUUCAUUCUUUAGCGGCUAGUGUACUAUAAGGCUUAUUUUAUUCAAAAGCCACUGCUAAGUGCAUAAACUCCCAAGUGUUUGUUGGGCUUGCCAAGAAGGAAGUUACUUUUUUCCCUCAGCAGAAUGAGUUUUAAUCAUAAAGGAAGUUUGGGAUUUAAAACCUUAAUCCUGGAAAUCAGAAUGCUUCCAAAAGCAAAAGCUGUUUGCCUUCCAGAAUACGUACGUAUGAAAUUUGAUUUAGGGGUGCCCAAACUAUGGAAGAAAAAAUAUUUUUUUUUCACUGUUGUAUUUCAUGAUGUUAUGAUUGACACUAAUUUUGUUUAGUUUGUGCAUCCCUAAUGGAAGCUUAUUUAAGUGUGAUGGAACGUAAAAUGCCUUGUUCUUCAUAAUAAGUCACCAUAAGUAUUUAAGGUCAUGAGUGAAAAUGUCUAUCUUUUGAGUUAUUUUAAGUUUUGAUUGUAAUAUAAGAAAAUAAUGUUUGCAUUUGAAAAUUGUGAUUUUAAAAUUAAUCUCACAGUAUUAAUGGACUUUGUACCUAAAGUGGUUUAGGUUUCAUGAAUUGCAGAAUGCUAUUUUGAAAAUUUGAGACUCCAUUCACAUAAGUUCAUUCUACUCUACCAUGAACUAGUGUGUGUUCUUAACUAAAUUGUAUUUCAGUACUCUCCUGUAGUUUAUAUUAUUCAGAAUUGGAUUUUUUGAGGGUAAGUAAUGAAAAAACAAUGAAGAGAAGUCAUCAAGGAUGAAAUGAAGAUAUUUUGUGACACGAUUACUGAAGAGAAUGGAGAAGAGCAAUGAAGUGGGAACUUCUUGACUUUAAUUUUUAUGAGCUAUAUAGUUACUUUUGUGGGCAAUUCACCAUGGUAAACAUAGUCGAGAAUAUUUGAUAUAAUUGUGGCCUAAAUUGAAGUGCAUUUCUUUCUUGUGACGAAAAGAUUUCCUAAUCCUUUAUUUUGCAGUUUCAUCAUCUGGAUGUAGCGUUGCAUUGUAGUGAAGAAAUUUGAUGUUUUGCACCACCUAAGUAGUUGCUUGUAUGAAUAAGGGUUAUGCUCUAGUAUAUUAUUUUAUUUUUAAAAUAUCAAUUCGUGUGUUUCCUUUUGAAUUGCAAUGUUUGUUGAGAUGUAAUACAAAUAAUGAAAUUGAAAAUGGGAUGUAAAAUGUUCAUUAAGUUGUAUUAUUAUUUAAAUAGUCAAAUAUUCCAGAUUAUUUUACAUGGUGAAUGAAUGUGGACAGUGUGACUACACAUUUCAAAAAGUGAUUUGAGUUUAUUGUGCAACCUCCACGGGGGAAUUUUGCAGGUAUCAAGCACUGGACUGUAAUAUAAAUUGGCCUCAGUUUAUGAAAUUGGACUGAAUAACCCCACAAAGAGAAACGUUUUAGAAAUGGAUGAUGUAAAAGUGUUGCUCCGGAAAAAUCAAGAAAUUCAAUUCUAUUGUGUACAGUAAACGUUAUAUGUAAAAUGUGGUAAGAUAAUGCUGCAAGAUAUGUGAACUCCUAAAACGUGGUAAGGUUUGGCCAGUGAGGAAUGAAUUACUAACAUUGAUAUUUUAACUGGUGAUUCUGUUUCAGAUACACCUCUGUAAGGAAACAUCUGCAAAUAAUAAUUGAAAUACAAGAUUUGUACUAUGCACAAUGUAUUGAUAUGAGUUAAGCCCAUAGAGCUUCUAAUUUGAGAGAUUGAAGCUCAUGGCACACAUGGGUUGCAAAAAAUACUGUUUCAUUACCCAAAGUGGAAUGUUCUAAAUUGAAAGUAGAAUGCUUAACCCACAUCAAUACAUUCAUAAACACCCAUUGUAAAUAGUUUAAUACUCAGGGAUGGAAAAUAACUCAUGGCCUUAAUGCACAUAGAGAGUAAGGUGGCAUACGGAGUCAAGGAGAUAAUACUGUUAUUGUGAUGAUACAAUGUGACUUAUGUUGUGUAUUUUGGAAAAGCUUACAUUAUCUAUUCUGAAGGAAAGAAAUAUGAGAUGCGGAAGUAUAGAAAGAAAGAGGUUGUUGCAGCGGAGAAGUUUCUACAUAGAGAAAAUUCUAUGUAGCUCAAUGCGCUCAAUCAAUGGCACAGAUGUGCUGUCAUGCCAGAAGGAAAAUCUUUUCUAUAUUUAAAGUCAAUAUAAAGACAAUGGCAAUGCAAAUAAUGCUGUAUAAUUUGCGAUUGUAUUUCAUGUUUUUCUCCAUUUUGUUAAAGAACUAUUCAACCCAUGAUGUUGGAUCAACACUAUAUUAAUUUGAAGAACCAAGUGAUAAAAGCAGAAAGAAGAGUUCUCAAGGAAUUGGGUUUUUGUGUUCAUGUUAAACAUCCACAUAAGCUUAUUGUAAUGUAUUUGCAAGUACUGGGUUUUGAAAAACAUCAAAAUCUUAUGCAACUCUCAUGGAAUUAUAUGAAUGAUUCUUUACGAACAGAUGUGUUUGUGAGAUACCAGCCAGAAACUGUAGCAUGUGCAUGUAUAUAUCUUACUGCUCGUCGUUUAGGAAUUCCUUUACCACGUGCUCCUUCAUGGUUUAGUAUUUUUAGAGUUGAAGAGAGUGAUAUCCAAGAUGUCUGUUUUAGGAUAUUGAGGCUAUAUAACCGACCGAAGCCAAAUGGAGAAGAGUUGGACCGAAAAGUUAACGAACUUAAAGCCCAGUAUCAGGAAGCACGACUGAAAGCAAAAGCUAAUAAUAACAAUACUGCAAGUGCUGGUAGUAACAGUCCAGCAUCUCCUUCUGGUCAGAACAGAACUGGUCUAGUGUCUUCGAGAUGGACUGGUUUUUAUAGUCGAAACAAUCAUGGUACUGAAAAGCAUCGUAGUAGAAGUCGUACCCCUUCUCCUAGCCAUAGUCCACCGCCAGUAAAACAUAAUAAAAAAUCAAAGAAAAAUAGAACGAGGUCACUCUCCCGGUCGAGAUCUAGGUCCAGGUCACGAUCAAGGUCCCAUGAGAGAAGAAGUAGAAAAUAUGCUAAAAGACGCAGCUACUCAAGAUCUCCUAGUUUGUCUCCACACAAAGCACAGCGCAAGAACAAGGAGAAAUCUCGUCACAGAUCACGGUCGCGAAGUCAUGAGAGACGAACAGAAUCUUAUGACAGAUACUAUAGUAGUAGCAAGUCAAGAAGUCGGCAUUCUUCGAGAGAUAGGAAAGAUCGUCGUUGAGACAUUUUGUUAAGUUUCAGUGACUUUACUUUGUACCUUUUGGCAGUAACACAAGACAGAUUUUUGUGCUGUGAUGAAGGAAACUCGAGCCACAUCAGUGAAGAUUUCCUAAGUACAAUGUUCAGAAGGCUACCUUCGUUUAAGAAGAUGGUAUUAAGUUAUUGAAGGGGCCAAGUCAACCCUGAGAGAUGUUGCUGCUUGUAAUUAUGGACAUAUGUUUUAUGCUAUGAAUGAAGUUUUUAGUGUGUUUGAGGAUGAGUGUAUGGUUUGCAAGUAAAACUAUUUGCAUACCUCCAUGUGUUUUUAAUACAAUAUAUAGAAUCAGAUGACAAGAGGAACGUUUCUCGUCUGUGAAAUAUAUCUAUAUUUAUAAAA